UCAACACAGAAAAACAAAAAGAGGACAAACAGACAGCGUCACUAUCAUCUCUCUGCUAUACAGUUCCUUCUCUCUGGGUACUCUCAGUCAGGGCAGGCCACGGAGGAGUGACAGGGCAAAAAAAAAAUCUUUCAAAUUUUUAAUCUUGCUUGCGACAGACUCCAUCAGUCUUUCCGAGGGGUAACCUAGCUGGGGAGUGGAAUCAUGUGACCUUGUGAUGUCAACUGCGCUCAGAAUGUUUAUAUCGUCUGGACAACCCAGCCGGCCUCCUGGGGGCAGGUGUGCGAUCUCCAUGUCCUGCAGUGGUCAGAAGAUGGAGAACUUCUCACUCCUCAGCAUCUCUGGACCUCGAAUCUCCUCCUCUGCCCUGAGCACUUUUCCUGACAUUCUGUCCUCACGUGCCACCAGCUUGCCAGACAUUGCAAAGACAGCGCUACCCACUGAGGCAUCCAGCCCAGCUCAGGCCCUGCCACCCCAGUACCAAAGCAGCGCUCUCCGGCACAGGGUGCACAACACAGCGCUCGCACCAGACUGCACCUUGGGGGACGCCCAGAGCGGGGAGCAGCUGCGGCGGAACUGCACCAUCUACAGGCCCUGGUUCUCCCCCUACAGCUACUUCGUGUGCGCAGACAGAGAGCGCCACCUGGAGGCCUACAGCUUCCCAGAGGUGCAGCGGGACGAGGGCAGGGGGGACAACUGCCUUCCCGAGGACAUGGCUGAGAGCAUCUGCUCGUCCUCUUCCUCCCCAGAGAACACUUGCCCCCGAGAAGCCACCAAGAAAUCCCGGCACAGCCUGGACUCCACAGACUACAUCACAUCCCAGGACAUCAUAGCGGCCUCCAAGUGGCACCUGGCACAGCAGACCGGCUACAAGUGCGCGGCCUGCUGCCGCAUGUACCCCACCCUGCACUCCCUCAAGAGCCACAUCGAGGGGGGCUUCAAGGAGGGCUUCAGCUGCAAGGUGUACUACCGCAAGCUCAAAACCCUCUGGGCCCGGGAGCAGAAGGCCUGGCCCGGGGACAGGCUCUCCUCAGGCAGCUGCCAGGCCUGCAAGUAGUCCUGCUCACACCUCAGGUAAACAGGGGCGAAACCUACGUAUGUCUCUAGAGAGAUGCCAAUAAAUCGAAGUUAGUCACAGCCU